ACCGCACGCGUGCCUCAAAUCCGGUCCGCAGCGAUGUCCGAGGCGGCGCGCGACCUUCUGAGUCAUCGCUUUAAUGAGGUUUCACCAAGCCGACGCGAGGAGGCCCGCGCUGUUUUCUUGUUUCGCGUCUUCUUUCUCCUUCAUCCCGUAAUCGACUUACGCCGGUGCGCGCAACGCUGACGUACUACGACUCGCGGACGUCGGUGUAGCCGCCACCGAAGCAGUUCAAUCGGUUCAAUCGCCGCAGCGCGUCGUGUUGUGUGUGUGUGUGUGCGCGGCCACACGCGUGCGUGACAACUCGAGCGAAAGCAGUAAACGUGCAGCUCUGUCUUCCAGUAGCCGUGCUCAACUGGUUACCAAAGCACCGACGGGCCUCGAGGAACAGCUAUGAGCUCGCCACUGCUAUCCCCUUUCACGGCGGGCAGCUGGUCGAGCGCUGGCGUCCCAUGGCAGCAUGACGCGCACUCGCGGGAACACUCGGCCGGAGCCACCGAGCCAGCGCUGCUGCUGCUGCUGACACGCGCUGCUGAGACGGGACCCCGUACUAGCUGGUCACAUCAAUCUUUCGCCACCAUCAUGGAGCAAAACAACACGCUAUCAGUCAUCAUGUUCAUGGCCAUGUUCGGUGGCAGCACAUUCCUGCUGUUUCUAUUAUGCUACUGCUGCCAACGUAAAAUGAGAGAAAAUGCAUUUGCACCUCUGGACAAUGCCACGAUCGCUCACCGCCCACAGGCAACAACAAACCUGGCACCACAGACAACUCAAAUAAUGCCAAGUGGGCCACCUCCAAACUACGAUGCUGUCGUCAAGAAAGAACCAUCAGAUCUGGAGCCACCUCCAUACGAAGUAGCUGUGGCAAGCCUUCAAGCUAGUGGCUACGUCUGAGCGCUGCACUGCCAGCUUAUUUAUUCCAUCCUUCAGCAGCCCUGCAGUGUUCAAGGACUGCAAGGCUGAAAUGUGCACACUACCAAACCAAUAGGGAGUGUACUUACUAUCUAAAGCCAUGAAACAAUGAAGCCUAUUUAUUUACCCCCACCAUCAUCAGUCAAUGGCUGUUUCUACUGACGGUCUUUGUCAUAAUCACACAAUAAAGGUUUUAAAUACAGUG